AUGGACGCUUUGUUCAAGUGGUUUGAUAACGAACCGUCAUUACGUGUCGCCAUUGUCACGGGCGCUGGAAACCGAGCCUUUUGCGUUGGCUCGGAUUUGAUCGAGAUGCAGCGCGCCAAGAAGUCUGGCGACGACUCGUGGAAAGCUGAGCCAUAUAAGUACAGUCACCCAAGCUCUGGAUUCGCGGGGCUCAGCAGAAGAGAAGGGGAAAAGCCGAUUAUGGCUGCGGUCAAUGGCUACGCAUUAGGUGGAGGAUGGGAAAUGAAUUGUGAUGUAGUUAUUGCCACUCCAAGCGCGCAGUUUGGUCUCCCAGAGGCCAAGGUCGGACUUUAUGCCUAUGACGGGGGUCUUCCUCGCCUGAUUCGCACUGCAGGGCUUCACGUCGCCAGUGAGAUCGCCCUCAGCGGACGAUCUAUCACUGCAAAAGAAGCGUUGCAGUAUAAACUAAUCAAUCGCAUUUCAAACAGACCAGAGACUCUUAUCGACGAGGCGAUCAAUAUCGCCCGAGACAUUGCCGCGAUAUCACCAGACGCUAUGAUCAUCACCAGGUCGGCCCUGAGAGAAGCCUGGGAAACGUCAAAGCGUUGA